CUGAGGGGAAUUUUGAAUUUAAAUUCUCUGUGGUGCUCAUUUUAAUUUUUGCCAAAGUUCAACUUGUAUUCCUAAUGUCAAUUGAAAAACAAAAUAAAACCUCAAGGACUCUGGUGAUCGUGAGAGGCCGAGGAGAGGCCCGAGCACCCCCAGCAUCACCACACCCCAACGAGGCGGCGGCCCAUCCGCUUGCCCCUUGGGCCAUGUUUCAUAAGAAUGGUGAGGGAGGUGUCCGCAGAGGCCCCCGGGGGCCCACAGCCGAGGUGCUGUAUGCGGAGAUACGCGUAUUUAAGAGGAAGAUGAUCGGGAGGAGGAGGAGGAGAGAGGAUGGAGAGGAGGUGGGACCCGGAUGCUGAUGCGAGCGAGACGAAGGGAGGAAGGAAGGAAGAGGAGAGAGAAAAUAACGAUUUACGGCAAGGAACGGCAAAGCGGGUCUGACACGGGAGGGGGGCCUAUCUUACCCUGCGUGAACCGUAAUCAGAAGUGAGGAGGGGGGACACGGGCCUCCAUUACGGCCCCGAUCUGCGGAUCCGUGUUCGUUUUUUUUUCACCUGUGUAUCCGCCGGUGAGGAGGAGGAGGAGGAGGGAGGAGGAGGGAGGAGGACACGCCAGAGGAGAAGAUGCUGUGAUCUCGCAGGGAUGUAGCGACGAGGAGGGAGGAGAGCCAGAGAGAGAGAGAGAGAGAGAAAUAUAGAGAGAGGACACCAAGCUAAGAAGAUGGUUAAUGUGCGGGGGCUGCGCGGUUCACCACGGAUUAUUGCGGGAGCGCGGCGGCCGGCCGACGAAUCCAACCGUUUGGCGACGCCCGGAAACUUCGGGAGGCGUCGGCUCUUCUGACCGGCGGCCGUCCGUCCGUCGGCGGCUAACUCCGAGCUAGCUCCGCCGCUGUGUGGGAGAGCGGCGGCCAGGGCUCGAACACAUAGCAUGUUGUUGUUGCACCUGUAAAAUAGGCCUGACACGAUAGAGAGGGAGGAUAUCAAAUCCACGCCAUUCCCCGUGUUUAUCAUCCACUCUGAGUGUUUUUUGACGUUUCGUUGCUAGACUCAACCACCAAAUGACAUUAAUCACACUCGGGGGGGAAAAACCCGCUUGUUCCGAUGUUAUAUCGUCUUUAUAUAUAGUUAGCGAGCUAUACAGGUAAGCUAAUGUACAGGAGUCCCAACUCAUUGGCUGUCAUGUUUAUCUUUAGGCUAGCGGUUGGUGUUUAACGCGUCAAAACAGCCUCGCCACUCAGCCUCACCUCUGCUUUAGCGAGCUAGAGGCUAAAGAUAAGUAGCUUGUUUAUUAGCUGAAGGAUGCUCAUUUCUCAUCCACACGUUGUAAUUCAGCACCGGUCCCUCCCGGGGGUUCUCACCGCGACCAGGGGGCUCGUUUCUAAGUUGAGCACCAUCUUGUAUCCCGCGACAACUUCUGUGUAAGCAGUGCGCUGCGUAUCGAGGGUGAACCCGCAAAUAAUCGCUGUCAUUCGCCUCCAGUGAGAGCAGUAUGAGUAAGGAACUGUCUCUCGGUCAGUCAGCUCAAUAUGUUGGGCCCUACAGACUGGAGAAAACGCUGGGGAAGGGACAGACAGGUGAGCACGACUGUCUCUGGAUUCAAAGACACCAUUUUUGGAUUUGUGAUCCCUCUGCCCGUCUCCACAUUUCAUCAUCAACCCUUUCUUGUUGUGCGUUUCAGGACUGGUCAAGCUCGGGGUCCACUGUAUUACGGGUCAAAAGGUCGCGAUCAAAAUAGUCAACAGAGAGAAGCUGUCGGAGUCGGUCUUGAUGAAGGUACCUGGUGCUGGAGCAUGUGUCUGGAGGAGAGCUGUUCGACUACCUGGUGAAGAAAGGCCGGCUGACUCCGAAAGAGGCCAGGAAGUUCUUCAGGCAGAUCAUCUCUGCCUUGGAUUUCUGCCACAGUCAUUCCAUCUGUCACAGAGACCUGAAGCCUGAAAACUUGCUCCUGGACGAGAAGAACAACAUCCGAAUUGCUGACUUUGGCAUGGCCUCCCUCCAGGUGGGAGACAGUCUGUUGGAGACUAGCUGUGGAUCACCACAUUAUGCGUGCCCUGAAGUGAUACGGGGGGAGAAAUAUGAUGGGCGGAGAGCAGAUGUGUGGAGCUGUGGGGUCAUCCUGUUCGCUCUACUGGUGGGCGCUCUGCCUUUCGACCAUGACAACUUACGUCAGCUCCUAGAGAAGGUGAAGAGUGGGGUGUUCCACAUGCCCCACUUCAUCCCCCCGGACUGCCAGUCCCUGCUCAAGGGUAUGAUCGAGGUCAACCCUGAAAAGAGGCUCACGCUCGAGGCCAUCCAGAAACACGCCUGGUAUCAGGGUGGUCGAAACGAGCCGUGUCCUGAGCAGCCUCCUCCCAGGCGAGUGUGUGUGAGCCGAAUCUUGUCCCUGACUGAGCUGGACCCAGAUGUGUUGGACAGCAUGCACUCGCUGGGCUGUUUCCGAGACAGAGUCAAGCUCACACGUGACUUGCAAUGUGAAGAAGAGAAUCAGGAGAAGAUGAUCUAUUACCUACUGCUGGACAGGAAAGAGCGUUACCCCAGCUAUGAGGACGAGGACUUGCCUCCGCGCAAUGACGUAGGUCAGUCUUUAGGGGGCAGGAGGGAUCCACUGGAGGCAGGGAGCUGCUCAGAGAAGCAAGUGCACCACACUGGGAGGCUGGUGCUAUACUCGGCAGACCCUCCUCGUAAGCGGGUUGACUCUCCCAUGCUGACGCGCCACGGCCGCUGUCGCCCCGAGAGGAAAAGUCUUGAAGUGCUGAGUGUUACAGAACAGGGGUCUCCCACCCCGCCUCGUAGGGCCCUGGAUACAGCUGCACACAGUCAGAGGUCUCGCUCGGUAAGCGGAGCCUCCACUGGUCUCUCCUCCAGCCCCCUCAGCAGUCCCCGGUCCUAUCAGAGCCCCGUCUUCACUUUCAGCCAAUCAGACGUCACCUCUGCCACCGCUACCCUCCUCACAAAGGAGACCAAACAGGGAACCACCGCCGCGCCUCGCUCAGCGCGGGCUCACGACAAGCCCAAAGCUCCCCCCAACCCAAAGACCCAGACCCUGCCCAGCAAGGGACCCGCCGACCGACCCCACCUGCAGCCCAUCAAAUCCCUGCCUCUGCACAACCCAUCCUCCCGCUCCCCCUCUCCGCUUCUGUCACCCAUCCCCCGUUUCUUCUUCCCAUCGUCCUCUGUCCUUAAGUCAGUGACUAAGAGCUUCUACCCAAACUCUGCCCACUCUGUGCCGCAGGUAACCCCCCAAGGCUCUCCACUGCCCACACCCCUGGGCACCCCUGUCCACCACCCUCACCACCCCUCCUCCACCCCGCCCUCCUCCUCCUCUUCCUCGUCCUCUUCGCGGGCGGAGGGUGGGGGAGGUGUGGGCUCGCUCUCGCUGACCCCGCCCUCCAGUCCAGGAGGGGGAAGCGGCAUGGCGGCGAGCAGCUCCGCUCACUGGAGGACUCGUCUCAAUUCAUUCAAGAACAACCUGCUGGGCUCGCCGCGUUUCCAUCGCCGCAAGCUGCAAGAUUUGUCUCCAUCAGUUCCUACAUCAGAAGACAUGUCCAGUCUAACACCAGAAUCUAGCCCUGAGCUGGCUAAGAAGUCAUGGUUUGGAAACUUCAUCGGCUUAGAGAAAGAGGAGCAGAUCUUCGUGGUCAUCAGAGACAAACCUCUUAGUUCUGUCAAAGCCGACAUUGUGCACGCCUUCCUGUCUAUCCCAUCGCUCAGUCACAGCGUCCUUUCCCAGACCAGCUUCAGGGCCGAGUACAAGUCCUCCGGCGGCCCCUCCGUCUUCCAGAAGCCCGUCAAGUUCCAGGUGGACAUUGCCUUCUCCGAGGGCGAGAGAGAGCGGGACAGGGAGAGGACCGAGAGGGAGGGCAGGAGGGAGACAGGAAUCUACAGCGUGACAUUCACCCUCAUAUCAGGUCCAAGUCGCAGGUUCAGACGAGUGGUGGAAACGAUUCAAGCCCAGCUUCUCAGCUCCCAUGAUCAACCCAUGGCUCAAGGCCUAUCUGAUGAGAAGAACGGCCGGCCCCACGGGACCCCCACCCGCCAAAACUCGAGACGCUCCGAGGGUGGGGGCGACAGAUGUGAGUGGGGAGACCGAACAGACGGAGGAGGCAUCGGAGGCAGUGGGGGAGUUCUGCAGCGCAGAGGCUCAGCGAAAGAGAGAACCCGACUGCUGUCCUCUAACGGAACCCAGUCCCAGCCGUAGGAUAGAAAGUGAGACCAUGCAGCAGGAUGCUUGAACCUACACCCGAGAGAAGACAGUGUAACUCCAUCUCAACGUAUCCCUGCAAGCCAUGAGCUUCUCCUCUUCUUCCUUGACUAAGUUAAUGAAGGUGCUUGACCAUAGCAAGGAUUGAGCCUUUUCCCUCCGUCGUGUUUUUUUUUUCCAACUCAUCAUUCUCUUGAUCUUUUGGAUCAUCAGGAUUCCUUCCCUUAAACGAUAAAGAAAUGUUAGGGAGUGACCCUUUAAUGAAAAAAAACUAAACUUUGUGAAUGAGCAUUUUGGUAUCCAUCAUAGAUACAGCUUCACAGAUCAAACUAGGAAAUUUUGCUAAUGUGCAUGCCAGUUAGCAAAUCAGCCAGUUAAAGGAUGCUGACCUGAUCAGAUAGGCUAGUCUACCAUAUCAUUGUUAUCCAGUUUCUGACACCAAAAAGAAAUAACGGUCUUGUUCUCAAGAUUCAAAUUAACCAGUGCGCUCAUAUCACUAUCAAGCAACACGCAAUUAUCAGUCCAUACUGAAAGAUAUAUAGAUGUAACCUCAGCAGAGGAACCCUAAACGUUAGCAGCCUGCUACCACUUCAGCAAUGAGCUGAGUUUAAAGGUCCUGAUUUUCUCAGAAGAAGUGACACGCUGGGAUCCCUGCUGUGUCCUCUCCCGAGGUAAAGAAAACCAACAAAGUAAGCUAAGUAAGUGAAUGUGUAAAAAAGAUAUUUUUUUAUUUAGUUUUAUUUAUUUAUGUUUACAUGUUUCAUGGAAGAUGUCACUAGCACAGUGAUAUCAGUACAGACAGUAACUAAAAACACUGCAGUGUUAAAAGGGGGAAGCUGACAUUUUUGUUUGUUGGACAGGAAUUAGUUUCAAGUUUAACAUUUUCGAUUCUUUUGUAUUAUUAUGAUUUUUUGCUCGGAGACAAUAUGAAACAAUGCUUCUAAGAUUUUUGGCAUUGGACUCCUGUUGCUCUGAAGAAAAGUAUUUUUUGAUUUGAACAGAAAUAUGAACAUUACUAUAUGAAGAAGAAAAAAAAAAACACUAUGCGUGAAUAUUUCCAUGAACCUCAUCACAGCUGUUUGUGCCCAGAUUGAAUGAGAAGAAGAGCAUUCCUGUCCUGUGGAUCAAACAAAGGCCACUGUUCUCUUGGAGCUUGUCUCCUAUCGCCAUAGUAUUCACGUACUGACUGAACAAUAUGAAAUGAAAAGAGGAAAAAAAGGACUCGCAAAGGAAAUUCAUCCUCGGACAUUUACAUCAUAAAAAGCUUUCAGCGUCAAUUUCUCGUUGAGCGGGACUUCAGAAUAGGAAGCAAGCAGAGAGCCUCCUAACCCCACGCUCCUCACGUCAGUGUUCACCAACGAGCCAAGUAGUCCAUCGCCCACACCCACGCUCACCACAGAGAGUCGCACCAUCCGGUAAACAGACGUAGCAACUCGGACGAUCACGUGUUCCUCCAGUACUCUGUCAGACCAGUCGACGUCCAUCACCAGUCUUCCAUACAGCACAAUAUGCAACAAAAGUGCAAAACGAUUUCAGAGAGAUACACACUGCUACAUUUUAAUGCUAACUUUUUGUUUUUGUUUUUAUAUUUGCCUACUUAUCUAUCCAUCUAUUUAUUGAUUUUUAUUUAUGUGAUCAGGUGGAUGUUUGUGUCAUGUGUUUGUUUACAAAGUAGAUUUUAUGCCAACAAAACUAUAUCAAGAGCCAACUCAAGAAACCUGCUCUGUUUCAUUUUCUCACCGUUAUUCUUUUUUGGAGAUUUUCCCUCCACGACUUCGAUAGCAGUGCCGACGGAUCGUCUGUUUGUUUAUAGCUCACAUUUCAUCACGCUUAUCCCUGGUAACCGGAAUGUGUGCGUGAGACGGGUGGAUGAUGGCUGACUGAGAGCGAAACUUUGUGGCCGCUGAGGAGGCGAGGAGAUUUUAACUGACCCAAGAAUAUUAAAUUCAUUAACAUUGCCAAACCCUAACAGGUACAUAAUUUCUCUUGCUAAAUUGCCUCAUCUCCUGCUUUUAUGCCUUGUUCCCUUUGUCCGCCUCUUUACCCCGUUGUGUAGCCAUCAUCACAAGAGAAACUGUACCAAGUCGUUUGCCUCACUGUCUGCACACACACUUUAUGAUUGAUUCACGGUCAUCGGUUUCAUCUAUUUCCUCACCACGUCACCUUCACUUUCAUUGGCCCAACUCUGGCUAAGAUUGUAAACUAUUCUCCAUCCAUAAAGGGUCAGUAGAAUAAGGUGUUUAAAAAAAAUGAAAUGUCUGUAUCAUAAUUUAAAUAUAAGGGUGCACUAUUAUAACUAUUGCCUGUGAUAAAAAGAACAAUUAUGAUUGAA